AUGAGCUGGGAGAAGACACUCGGGGCGAGGUCGUCGUCCCUUCAUUCCUGUCGGUCCCUGUGCCGCCCUGUGCCGCCCUGUGCCGCCCUGUGCCGCCCUGUGCCGCCCUGUGCCGCCCUGUGCCGCCCUGUGCCGCCCUGUGCCGCCCUGUGCCGCCCUGUGCCGCCCUGUGCCGCCCUGUGCCGCCCUGUGCCGCCCUGUGCCGCCCUGUGCCGCCCUGUGCCGCCCUGUGCCGCCCUGUGCCGCCCUGUGCCGCCCUGUGCCGCCCUGUGCCGCCCUGUGCCGCCCUGUGCCGCCCUGUGCCGCCCUGUGCCGCCCUGUGCCGCCCUGUGCCGCCCUGUGCCGCCCUGUGCCGCCCUGUGCCGCCCUGUGCCGCCCUGUGCCGCCCUGUGCCGCCCUGUGCCGCCCUGUGCCGCCCUGUGCCGCCCUGUGCCGCCCUGUGCCGCCCUGUGCCGCCCUGUGCCGCCCUGUGCCGCCCUGUGCCGCCCUGUGCCGCCCUGUGCCGCCCUGUGCCGCCCUGUGCCGCCCUGUGCCGCCCUGUGCCGCCCUGUGCCGCCCUGUGCCGCCCUGUGCCGCCCUGUGCCGCCCUGUGCCGCCCUGUGCCGCCCUGUGCCGCCCUGUGCCGCCCUGUGCCGCCCUGUGCCGCCCUGUGCCGCCCUGUGCCGCCCUGUGCCGCCCUGUGCCGCCCUGUGCCGCCCCACCCUGUUCUGUACUGGAUUAUCUGCGUUUGGUGCCGGAUCCUAUGUGUACCUUCAGCCCUGCUUUGACCCUGCUUUGACCCUGCUUUGA